GAUAAAUUUCAGUUGAUAUACCGGGAUCCGAUCAUAAUGUCGUACACUAGAUCUAAACACGGCAACCGUUUUCGAUUAUACUGACUAUGUCUCUGUACUGUAUUUACGGGACCAAUCUGACGCGAUUACUUCGGGACAGAGACCCAACCCUCCUUACACCCGCAUUUCUAUCUCCUGCAAAUUUCACUCGACCGUCUUCUUUACUUACCAACCCUGGUUUUACAAUUAUUUCUGUUCCUCUUGUGGAAAUGUUUGUCGUUUAAUAGCUCCGCACUAGCACCGAUAAGAUUCCUUUCGAUGUUCUUGGCGGAUAUUCCUUUUAAAAACAUACUAAAACGACAUUGGAAUCAAAUGAAUCUAUCGGCUUAUAGAUUAGUGUGAUUUGUAUUGAGAAUCUCAUGAUAAGUGUCAAGUUUGUUUUAAUUAAAUAAGGAAAAAUUUCGCGGUGACAGGAUCUGACGUUACUUUCAUUUCGUGUUGUAGAAGUUUAUAUAUUGAUAUUUGCCAAACAUCGUACGUUAGCAAGUUUUUUAUUUAAAAAUAGGACUUGCAGUUAUUAAAUUAAUGUAACAGACUCAACCAAGAAAAUAUGAAACAAGGAUAGAAUAUUAAAUUUUGGAAUGGACUGACAGAGGUUUAAAUAAGAUUAUAAAAUUUAGGAUAGAAGGUUAAAAGGCAAGAGGACGUCUAACGGUGUCUGAAAUAGGCCUCGGCCAUUUAGUUAUUAACACCUUUACUAUGCCAGCUGUUCCAAGGCCUGGUAGUCUUAAGGAUCCAGAGAUUGCUGAAUUAUUCGAGAAAAAUGAUCCGGAGAAAAUAUUUGAAGACUUGCGCGAAAUCGGGCAUGGCAGUUUUGGGGCUGUUUAUUAUGCACGAUGUUUGGUUACCAAAGAGAUUGUUGCCAUCAAGAAAAUGUCAUAUGUGGGAAAACAAACUGUUGAAAAGUGGCAAGAUAUCUUAAAGGAAAUACGAUUUCUUAGACAGCUUGAUCAUCCCAAUACAAUAAAAUAUAAGGGUUGUUACCUCAGGGACCAUACUGCCUGGUUGGUGAUGGAAUAUUGCCUCGGAUCUGCAUCAGACAUUAUUGAAGUCCAUAAAAGACCCUUAAAAGAGGAUGAAAUAGCUGCAAUUUGUGAUGGCGUACUGAAUGGUUUGGAUUAUCUUCACGGUUAUGGAAGAAUUCAUAGAGAUGUAAAGGCAGGAAAUAUUUUACUUACUGAAAAUGGAACAGUAAAAUUGGCAGAUUUUGGUUCUGCAAGUAUAAAAUGGCCAGCAAAUAGUUUUGUGGGUACUCCUUAUUGGAUGGCACCAGAAGUGAUAUUAGCUAUGGAUGAAGGACAAUAUGAUGGAAAAGUGGAUGUGUGGUCUCUGGGUAUAACAUGCGUUGAAUUAGCGGAGAGAAAACCACCCUAUUUUAACAUGAACGCUAUGAGUGCUCUGUAUCAUAUUGCUCAGAACGAUGCUCCAACUUUAAACUCACCAAAUUGGACAGAUGUUUUCCGACGCUUUGUUGAAGUGUGUCUUAUCAAAAGCCCAAGUGAAAGGCCAUCUUCUGCUAAACUAUUAUCGCACCAAUUUAUCACCAGAACACGUUCUCCUCAAGUUUUAAUAGAUUUAAUUCAAAGAACGAAAGGUGCCGUUAGGAAGUUGGAUAAUUUGAAUUAUCGGAAAAUGAAAAAGAUCUUAAUGAUCGAUGCUUGUGAGACUGAGAGUACAGUUGGCGAUACUGAUGGUACUCCCGAUGAACAAACAGGCGGCGAUAGUAGCAAAAGUAAUUCAAUUACCUCGGAGCAUUCGAUUCAUUCAAUGGGUGUUUCUGCAAGCUCUCAAAGUUCCUCCACCAAUAGCCUGCCACUGCCAAACGCUGAUGCAAAUGAUUAUUCUACUGGAUCUGUACGAAAUCGGCAUAAAAUAUCAGCAGGUGGUGUUACUGCCAAUUUACUUGAGCAUGGUGCCAAUAAUUUUGCAACAAUUAGGACAACAUCAAUUGUGACUAAACAACAAAAGGAACAUAUGCAAGAAGAAAUGCACGAACAGAUGAGUGGAUAUAAAAGAAUGAGACGGGAACAUCAAGGUGCUUUGGUGAAAUUGGAAGAACGUUGUAAGAUGGAAAUGGAAUCCCAUAAACAAUUAUUAGACAAGGAAUAUGAAACGCUUUUGCAACAAUUUAGUAAAGAAUUGGAGAAACUUCAGUUAAAGCAUCUACAAGAAUUAGAGCGUAAACUUAAACAAAACCAAAAUGCAGAAAAGAAACUUCAUAGAGAAAUUGCGAAUAGGCAACUGGCUGAUCGGAAAGCAUUGGAAGCUCAGCAAAAAAGAGAUUACAAAGUUUUUAAAGAAAGAUGGAAAAAAGAAUUAUCUCAAGAUGAAGUUACAUCGAAACGGCAACGGGAUGCUACGCUUCAGAGUCAUAAACAUAAUUUACGACAAAUGGAAGCGCAAGAAGAACAACGGCUUGUUAGAGGCCAAAGAGAAUACCUUGAUUUCGAAAUUCGUAAAUUUCGUAGAAAAAAGUUGCUCAUUUUUCAUAGUUUAGAGCAAGAAUUGCUUCGAGAGGAAUUAAAUAAGAGACAACAACAACUUGAACAAGCACAUAAUAUGUUAUUACGACAUCAUGAAAAAACACAAGAACUAGAAUAUAGACAGCAAAGGGCAGUUCAUGCACUUCGGGAAGAUCAAGUCCUUCGGCAACAUGCAACUGAACUGUCUAAUCAACAAGAUUAUAUGCAAAGGGCGGAGCGUGAUUUACGUAAAAAGCACGCAUUAGAACUCAAGCAACAACCUAAGAGUCUCAAACAAAAAGAAAUGCAAAUUCGCAAACAAUUUAGGGAGACAUGCAAAAUACAAACGCGGCAAUAUAAAGCAUUAAAAACUCAAAUAUUACAAACAACGGCUAAAGAAGAACAGAAGGAGGUAAUUAAAAAAUUAAAAGAAGAACAGAGAAGGAAGUUGGCUUUAUUGGGCGAGCAGUAUGAACAAAGUAUUGCUGAAAUGCUUCAGAAACAAAGUAUACGUUUGGACGAGUCACAAGAAGUCGAAUGCCAUAGUCUUAAAGAAAGAUUGAAUUAUGAAUUAGAAAUUUUAAUGGCAUACCAAUCUAAAAACAAGAUGCAAGCCGAGGCGCAAAGAAACCGAGAACGUCGUGAAUUAGAAGAUCGAGUAUCGGUCAGGCGGGCUUUACUUGCACAAAAAAUGGAACUUGAAACUGAGGAAUUUCUUAGUGAACGUAGUGAACGGAUACGUCUACUACAUGAAAGACAAGAACGUGAAUUACAACAAUUUGACGAGGAAAGUGCAAGAGUAGGAUUCAGUGCUCUGGCGAUAGCUGAGGCAUCAAAAGAAUCUUAUCCAGACGAUGAAAGCCUUAGUGGCUCAAUGUUAAGUCUGGCUCACAGUAAUAGUUCUACAUCCUUCCCCCCUAAUAGUCUUUAAUUUUAAUCAUAUUGAUAGAAUAUGUAUGUAUGUACGUUUGCCUGUAGUGAGUGCAUAACGAGUUUACCGACGUUCAAUUCAAUGACUUAUACAUAGCAGAAGUUGACUCGUUACGUGCAUUAACUCAAACCUAAGAGGUUUGUUAGGGUUGGGAAUGUGUAUUGGACUGAAAUUAAUGUAACAGCAUAUUUUUUAAUUAUCAAAAUAUGUCAACGUGAUCUAUUCGGAAAUGAGAGCUUCAUAUUGAAGAACUUAGAUGCUUUUUGCAACGUUGUAAUAUUUAUUAACCAUAUCCAAAUACCUUGUGAAGUAAAUAGAAGUAAUGAAAGAAAAAUGAAAAAAUCUUUUAAGUAUCAAUCUUAUCGGGAUUGAAGUAAGCCAAGUAAUUACACGGAAAAAUUUUAUAAGCGACUACCGAAAAUGUUUAGAGACAUUUAUUUAUCAAUAUCUUGCAAUUAUAAUAAUUAAAGAAAUAGUAUAAUAAUAAUGCUCCAGUUAUUACGAGUUUGAUUUUGACUAAUUGAAUAUUUGAUGUACGAACAAUAUGAAACUAUAUUUUCGGUAAAAUUUUUAUUUAUCGAAGGUCUAGUAUUAAACGAUCUUAUCGACAAUUAUGUAUGUUGACCUUCAAAAUUUUAUUUCAAGCUUUCAAGAAUAUUUAGUCUGAUUUAUUAAAAACUAAGUGAGUUGACCUAUUUAUUUAACUGCAUUCGUAAUGCAAACAUUAAAUUUACAAAAUAUUAAUCUAAUAACAAAAAUUUAGUUACAGUAUCCUAUGUAGUUACUAUAACGUAUUCGUGUUAGGGAAUAUUCGUUGUUUCAAUGAGAGAUUAAUUUCAAAAAUUGAAAGACACUUUUUUACAAUUUUGUACGAUUUGUUUUACAUUAAGAAGAAAUGUCAAUAUCAAAAAUUAAAUUGAUAAUAAAAUUAUUGUUGAAUUACCAAAAUAUGACAUUGUCCACUUAAAAUUCCUCACAACAUUGAUAUUCUUUAUUUUAAUUUGAUAAUUUUAAAUAUGAAGCCUCGAACAACUCUCCAUGAAUUAAAUGUAUCUUAAGUUUUGUAUUGGUAUAAUAUCAGUUGAAUUGAGACAUUGACAUACCUGUUUAAGCAGUCAUAUUAUGUUAUGCAUAAAAUCAAAAGGAAGUACUUUAUACAGAACAAAGUAUAUAAAACGGCUUAUUCAAAUCAAUAGUCACAAUUUUAAAAUGAAAAAAUACUGUUUAUAUUCAUAUGUAUUUAUUUUUCCAGUUUAAUAUGAAACAUAUUUCAAAGUCAAAGAAGUCUUCUUUUAAACGCUGAAAAAGUGAAUUAUGAAGAUCUUAAUUAGUAAAUAUUUAAUAUGAGUAUUAAUUUCAUUAAAUUUGAAUUCAACUAAGAUCUUCAUAACUUAUCUUGAUUGAUCUGAAUAUAAUAAUUUAUUGAAAUUACUUCUACAAUUUCUAACUUGAUAUAAAUAUAAAAUAUAUCCAAUUUAUAAAACUUCAUGUUACUUUCAAAUCGAUUUCAUAUUUCCAUAUUACUAUGACAUCAAACAUAUUUUUUCAAGUUCAAAAAGUGUGGAAAAUAAUUUACGUAAUUGUUCUUGAUUGUUUCACUCUACACAUAAUUACAAUAAAUAUUUGAAGAUGUAACACCUAUUACUGACAAGACAUAAAAGUAAACAAAAUUACUAAUUUGUUUUUCUUUACUAAUUCAAAAUUUUUGUAAAGUAUUUAUAAAGAAAACGUUUGUUUACUUUUAAGUACUUAAUUACGAUAUAAACAGUAUAAUUGUAUGAAUACUUCCAACACUUAUUAAAUAAUUCAAUUCAAUCUUAAAAUAAAAGUAAUUGAUAAUAUAAGUAUUCUUAUUUAUGGAUUUCAAAUUUAAAUUAUAUAAUAGAUUAAAAUAGUUUAAAGUACUUUACUGUUGCAUUCAAUGACUCGUUUGAUUUUAUUUGACCAGAAAUAUACAGAUAAAAUUACCUUCACUUAUCAUAAACAAAUCUGUAAAUAUAUUUCUAGUUUGUGUGUUGCUUCCAGUAUACCAGAAAUUUUUUGUGUUGAUCUAGCAGGUAUAAGUAAGAUACUUCUCUUAUAUUUGUUACAAUGGUUAUGAUGGCAUUAUUCUGCUUGUAUUAUCAACGUUUUAGUUAUGUUAUAUUCUGUUGUGAUUGCCUGAAGUUUCUAUCCAGUACACAUCCCAAUGUUGUACUCUUAUAUUGUAACAUCUAAUUUGUUUCUUUUGCCGUUUCAUUUAAUACAUUUCAAUGUACUUUUUCUGUUUUAUAUAUCUUCAUCUUCAUUACGAAGUAUUAAAUUUAAACUCAAAUGACUGUGGCUGUCUUCUUACUUAUAUUUAAUCUUCUAUAAUAAUUAACGAUAUCUUCCUUACAGUAUGAUUAAUGGAAGUAACAUAUAAAAAUAUGAUUGUUCAUGUUGAAAUGAAAAAAAAUUUAAUGUUUUGAUUCACGGUUGUAUUUGAGAGUUUUAAGUAUGUAACAUAGAGUAUAUAAUUAUCCAUUCAACAUUUUAACACUAUAAAAAUCAAUAUCUA